AUGAAUCCAAUUCAUGAUAGAACUUCAGAUUAUCACAAAUACUUAAAAGUUAAACAAGGUGAUUCUGAUUUAUUUAAACUUACUGUUUCAGAUAAGAGAUACAUUUGGUAUAAUCCAGAUCCAAAAGAAAGAGAUUCAUAUGAAUGUGGUGAAAUUGUUUCAGAAACCUCUGAUUCUUUCACAUUCAAAACCGUUGAUGGUCAAGACAGACAAGUCAAAAAGGAUGAUGCCAAUCAACGUAAUCCAAUCAAAUUCGAUGGUGUCGAAGAUAUGUCUGAAUUAUCAUACCUCAAUGAACCAGCAGUUUUCCACAAUCUCCGUGUUCGUUACAAUCAAGAUUUAAUUUACACCUAUUCAGGUCUCUUUUUGGUUGCCGUCAAUCCAUUCAAGAGAAUUCCAAUCUACACUCAAGAGAUGGUUGAUAUCUUCAAAGGUCGUAGAAGAAAUGAAGUUGCCCCACAUAUUUUCGCCAUUUCUGAUGUUGCCUAUCGUUCAAUGUUAGAUGAUCGUCAAAAUCAAUCACUCUUAAUCACUGGUGAAUCUGGUGCUGGUAAGACUGAAAACACCAAAAAGGUCAUUCAAUAUCUUGCAUCUGUCGCUGGUCGUAAUCAAGCCAAUGGUAGUGGUGUAUUGGAACAACAAAUUCUCCAAGCCAAUCCAAUCCUUGAAGCUUUUGGUAAUGCCAAAACCACCCGUAACAACAAUUCAUCUCGUUUCGGUAAAUUCAUUGAAAUUCAAUUCAACAGUGCUGGUUUCAUUAGUGGUGCUUCAAUUCAAUCCUACCUUUUAGAGAAAUCACGUGUCGUUUUCCAAUCUGAAACCGAACGUAAUUAUCACAUUUUCUAUCAACUCUUAGCUGGUGCCACCGCCGAAGAAAAGAAAGCUCUUCACUUGGCUGGUCCAGAAUCAUUCAACUACUUAAAUCAAAGUGGUUGUGUUGAUAUCAAAGGUGUCUCUGAUAGUGAAGAAUUCAAAAUCACUCGUCAAGCUAUGGACAUUGUUGGUUUCUCACAAGAAGAACAAAUGUCAAUCUUUAAGAUCAUUGCUGGUAUCUUACAUUUAGGUAACAUCAAAUUCGAAAAAGGUGCUGGUGAAGGUGCUGUCCUCAAAGACAAAACCGCCCUCAACGCUGCUUCAACCGUCUUUGGUGUCAAUCCAUCAGUCCUUGAAAAGGCUCUCAUGGAACCACGUAUUUUAGCCGGUCGUGAUUUAGUUGCUCAACAUCUCAACGUUGAAAAAUCCUCAUCAUCAAGAGACGCUCUUGUCAAAGCUCUCUAUGGUCGUCUUUUCCUCUGGUUGGUCAAAAAGAUCAACAAUGUCCUCUGUCAAGAGAGAAAAGCUUACUUUAUUGGUGUUUUGGAUAUUUCAGGUUUUGAAAUUUUCAAAGUCAAUUCAUUCGAACAAUUAUGUAUCAAUUAUACCAAUGAAAAACUCCAACAAUUCUUCAAUCACCAUAUGUUCAAAUUGGAACAAGAAGAAUAUCUUAAAGAGAAAAUCAAUUGGACUUUCAUCGAUUUUGGUCUUGAUUCACAAGCCACUAUCGAUUUAAUUGAUGGUCGUCAACCACCAGGUAUUUUAGCUCUUUUGGAUGAACAAUCUGUUUUCCCAAAUGCCACCGAUAAUACUUUAAUCACCAAACUCCACAGUCACUUUAGCAAGAAGAACGCCAAAUACGAAGAACCACGUUUCUCCAAAACCGAAUUUGGUGUUACCCAUUAUGCUGGUCAAGUCAUGUAUGAGAUUCAAGAUUGGUUAGAAAAGAACAAAGAUCCAUUACAACAAGAUCUCGAACUUUGCUUCAAAGAUUCAUCAGACAACGUUGUCACCAAACUUUUCAAUGAUCCAAACAUUGCCAGUCGUGCAAAGAAAGGUGCAAACUUUAUCACUGUCGCCGCUCAAUACAAGGAACAAUUAGCCUCACUCAUGGCCACCCUUGAAACCACCAACCCACAUUUCGUUCGUUGUAUCAUUCCAAACAACAAACAAUUACCAGCCAAACUCGAAGAUAAAGUUGUCCUCGACCAAUUACGUUGCAAUGGUGUCCUCGAAGGUAUUCGUAUUACUCGUAAAGGUUUCCCAAAUCGUAUUAUCUAUGCCGAUUUCGUCAAACGUUACUAUUUAUUAGCUCCAAACGUUCCAAGAGACGCUGAAGACUCACAAAAAGCCACCGAUGCUGUUCUCAAACAUCUUAACAUUGAUCCAGAACAAUAUCGUUUCGGUAUCACCAAGAUUUUCUUCCGUGCCGGUCAAUUAGCUCGUAUUGAAGAAGCUCGUGAACAACGUAUCUCUGAAAUCAUCAAAGCCAUUCAAGCUGCCACUCGUGGUUGGAUCGCUCGUAAAGUCUACAAACAAGCACGUGAACACACUGUUGCUGCUCGUAUCAUCCAACAAAAUCUCCGUGCUUACAUUGAUUUCAAAUCAUGGCCAUGGUGGAAACUCUUCUCAAAGGCUCGUCCAUUAUUAAAGAGAAGAAACUUUGAAAAGGAAAUCAAAGAAAAGGAAAGAGAAAUCUUAGAACUCAAAUCUAAUCUCACCGACUCUACCACUCAAAAGGAUAAAUUAGAGAAAUCACUCAAAGAUACUGAAUCCAAUGUACUCGAUCUCCAACGUCAACUCAAAGCUGAAAAAGAAACCCUCAAAGCUAUGUACGAUAGCAAGGAUGCCUUAGAAGCUCAAAAACGUGAAUUAGAAAUCCGUGUUGAAGAUAUGGAAUCUGAACUCGACGAAAAGAAAUUAGCUUUGGAAAACCUCCAAAACCAAAAACGUUCAGUCGAAGAAAAAGUCAGAGACUUGGAAGAAGAAUUACAAGAGGAACAAAAAUUACGUAAUACCCUUGAAAAAUUAAAGAAGAAAUACGAAGAGGAAUUAGAAGAAAUGAAACGUGUCAAUGACGGUCAAUCUGAUACCAUCUCUCGUUUAGAAAAAAUCAAGGAUGAAUUACAAAAAGAAGUUGAAGAAUUAACUGAAAGCUUCUCUGAAGAAUCCAAAGAUAAAGGUGUUUUAGAAAAGACUCGUGUCAGAUUACAAAGUGAAUUGGAUGAUUUAACCGUAAGAUUAGAUAGUGAAACCAAAGACAAAUCUGAAUUACUCCGUCAAAAGAAGAAACUCGAAGAAGAACUCAAACAAGUUCAAGAAGCUCUCGCUGCUGAAACUGCUGCUAAAUUAGCUCAAGAAGCUGCCAACAAGAAAUUACAAGGUGAAUACACUGAAUUAAACGAAAAAUUCAACUCUGAAGUCACUGCUCGUUCAAAUGUUGAAAAAUCAAAGAAGACCCUCGAAAGUCAAUUGGUUGCCGUCAACAACGAAUUAGAUGAAGAGAAGAAGAAUCGUGAUGCCCUUGAAAAGAAGAAGAAAGCUUUAGACGCUAUGUUAGAGGAAAUGAAAGAUCAAUUAGAAUCCACUGGUGGUGAAAAGAAAUCACUCUAUGAUCUCAAAGUUAAACAAGAAUCAGAUAUGGAGGCUUUACGUAAUCAAAUCUCUGAACUCCAAUCAACUAUUGCCAAAUUAGAAAAGAUUAAAUCCACUUUAGAAGGUGAAGUUGCUCGUUUACAAGGUGAAUUAGAAGCUGAACAAUUAGCCAAAUCCAACGUUGAAAAACAAAAGAAGAAGGUUGAAUUAGAUUUGGAAGAUAAAUCUGCUCAAUUAGCUGAAGAAACCGCCGCCAAACAAGCUUUAGAUAAAUUAAAGAAGAAAUUAGAACAAGAAUUAUCUGAAGUUCAAACUCAACUCUCUGAAGCCAACAACAAGAAUGUCAACUCUGAUUCCACCAACAAACAUUUGGAAACCUCUUUCAAUAAUCUCAAAUUAGAAUUGGAAGCUGAACAAAAAGCCAAACAAGCUCUUGAAAAGAAACGUCUCGGUUUAGAAUCUGAAUUAAAACAUGUCAAUGAACAAUUGGAAGAAGAAAAGAAACAAAAAGAAUCCAACGAAAAACGUAAAGUUGAUUUAGAAAAGGAAGUCUCUGAACUCAAAGACCAAAUUGAAGAAGAAGUUGCCUCCAAGAAAGCUGUCACUGAAGCCAAGAACAAGAAAGAAUCUGAACUCGAUGAAAUCAAGAGACAAUAUGCUGAUGUUGUUUCAUCUCGUGAUAAAUCAGUCGAACAAUUAAAGACCUUACAAGCCAAGAAUGAAGAAUUAAGAAACACUGCUGAAGAAGCUGAAGGUCAAUUAGAUCGUGCUGAAAGAAGCAAGAAGAAAGCUGAAUUCGAUUUAGAAGAAGCCGUCAAGAAUUUGGAAGAAGAAACCGCCAAGAAAGUUAAAGCUGAAAAAGCCAUGAAGAAAGCUGAAACUGACUAUCGUUCAACCAAAUCUGAAUUGGAUGAUGCCAAGAACGUCUCAUCUGAACAAUACGUUCAAAUCAAACGUCUCAAUGAAGAACUCUCUGAAUUACGUAGUGUCUUGGAAGAAGCUGAUGAACGUUGUAACUCUGCCAUCAAAGCAAAGAAAACCGCUGAAUCUGCUUUAGAAUCAUUGAAAGAUGAAAUUGAUGCUGCCAACAACGCCAAAGCUAAAGCUGAAAGAAAAUCCAAAGAAUUAGAAGUUCGUGUCGCUGAAUUAGAAGAAUCAUUGGAAGAUAAAUCUGGUACCGUCAAUGUUGAAUUCAUUCGUAAGAAGGAUGCUGAAAUCGAUGAUUUACGUGCUCGUCUCGACAGAGAAACUGAAAGUCGUAUCAAAUCUGAUGAAGAUAAGAAGAACACUCGUAAACAAUUUGCUGAUUUAGAAGCUAAGGUUGAAGAAGCUCAACGUGAAGUUGUCACCAUCGAUAGAUUAAAGAAGAAACUCGAAUCUGAUAUCAUCGAUUUAUCAACUCAAUUGGAUACUGAAACCAAAUCUCGUAUCAAGAUUGAAAAGAGCAAGAAGAAACUCGAACAAACUCUCGCUGAAAGAAGAGCCGCUGAAGAAGGUUCAUCCAAAGCUGCUGAUGAAGAAAUUCGUAAACAAGUCUGGCAAGAGGUUGAUGAGUUACGUGCUCAAUUAGAUAGUGAACGUGCUGCUCUCAAUGCUUCUGAAAAGAAGAUCAAAUCUUUGGUCGCCGAAGUCGAUGAAGUCAAGGAACAAUUAGAAGAUGAAAUCCUCGCCAAAGACAAAUUAGUCAAAGCCAAACGUGCCCUCGAAGUUGAAUUAGAGGAAGUCAGAGACCAAUUAGAAGAGGAAGAAGAUUCUCGUUCAGAAUUAGAAGACAGCAAACGUCGUCUCACUACUGAAGUCGAAGAUAUCAAGAAGAAAUACGAUGCUGAAGUCGAACAAAACACCAAAUUAGAUGAAGCCAAGAAGAAACUCACUGAUGAUGUUGAUACUCUCAAGAAACAAUUGGAAGAUGAAAAGAAGAAAUUGAACGAAUCUGAACGUGCCAAGAAACGUUUAGAAUCUGAAAAUGAAGAUUUCCUUGCCAAACUUGAUGCUGAAGUUAAGAAUCGUUCACGUGCUGAAAAGGAUCGUAAGAAAUACGAAAAGGAUCUCAAGGAUACCAAAUACAAAUUAAACGACGAAGCUGCCACCAAGACUCAAACCGAAAUUGGUGCCGCCAAACUCGAAGAUCAAAUCGAUGAAUUACGUUCCAAACUUGAACAAGAACAAGCCAAAGCCACUCAAGCCGAUAAGAGUAAGAAGACUUUGGAAGGUGAAAUUGACAACUUACGUGCUCAAAUCGAAGAUGAAGGUAAGAUCAAGAUGAGAUUAGAAAAAGAAAAACGUGCUCUCGAAGGUGAAUUAGAAGAAUUAAGAGAAACCGUUGAAGAAGCUGAAGACUCUAAAUCUGAAGCUGAACAAUCCAAACGUUUAGUCGAAUUAGAAUUAGAAGAUGCUCGUCGUAACCUCCAAAAAGAAAUCGAUGCCAAAGAAAUCGCUGAAGAUGCCAAAUCUAACCUCCAACGUGAAAUCGUCGAAGCCAAAGGUCGUCUCGAAGAAGAAUCCAUCGCUCGUACCAACUCUGAUCGUUCAAGAAAGAGACUCGAAGCUGAAAUUGAUGCCCUCACUGCUCAAGUUGAUGCUGAACAAAAAGCCAAGAAUCAACAAAUCAAAGAAAACAAGAAGAUCGAAACCGAACUCAAAGAAUACAGAAAGAAAUUCGGCGAAUCAGAAAAGACCAAGACCAAAGAAUUCCUCGUUGUCGAAAAACUCGAAACAGAUUACAAGAGAGCCAAGAAAGAAGCUGCUGAUGAACAACAACAACGUCUUACUGUUGAAAACGAUCUCCGUAAACACCUCAGUGAAAUCUCAUUACUCAAAGAUGCCAUUGAUAAGUUACAACGUGAUCACGAUAAGACCAAACGUGAAUUGGAAACAGAAACUGCCAGCAAAAUCGAAAUGCAAAGAAAGAUGGCCGAUUUCUUUGGUGGUUUCAAAGCUUAA